AUGGCUGAGCGCAAGUCUUACACUCUAAGAAGGUUGAAUAAUCCUACGCAAAUUGUCAGCCCUCGGUUAUUCACCGCAAGACCUUCCUGUUCAGUCCGCAAAGUCACGGCUAUUUUGUCUGAGCCAAAACCUUUAACUGACCAAACCUGGAGAAUGAUCCGGACCACGCUCGUGAACAUAAUCGAGAAAGAACGGGCGAUAGUGCAAGACGCGGCCUUUUUCGACCGCUGGUUUGCCCAUAUCAAGCAUUUCCGCGACGCCUACGAGGCGUUUCUUGAGAAUGGCCGCGAUGCACAGUCCUGGAAGCGCACGAUGCCGCACUACCGCGACGCGAUCAAGUUACCCGUGGUGCGCGCCUUGCUCAUCAGCGUCGCGCCGGACAGGUACCUCCCUAUCGAGAAGCAUGAACAACUCCUCACGGGCAAGAUCAACGAAGCCGCCGAAGUCUAUCGCAAGAGGAUUCGUCAUGAUCUCGCGACGGCGUGGCGGGCGACCCGGGAUGAUGGCGAUUUACCACCUUCCAUGAAUCGCGCCUUUGACAUACGAUGCUUAGUCCCGAGUAUACACCACCGCCCCUCCGCGUGGGACUCCAAGGCAGAUUCAGACGCGAUUUCGCCCCCACCCUCCGACUCAGACCCAGACGGGGAUCCAGACGCAGAGCACUCAAGUUCGGACUCGGACUCGGACUCGAACCACGACGAAGACACCGUGAACCACACAGCAGACCUCGCCCUGCUCGAGCGACCGACGACGCUUUUCCGCUGCGACGAGCGCUUCUGCGGCGGCUCCCACUGGACCUCCCAUCACGGCUACCUCGAGCACCUGCAGACGCACGCAGCGGUGUCUGGUUCGAUACGCCCGGGUCCGGAUAGGACGACAGCGAGCGAGCUGCAUGGCGCUCUCGCGAAACUCAGUGAGGGCCGAGAGCCGCGGUGCGCGUGUGGCCAGAACGAGUACUUCGAGCCGAAGAGGUUCAAGGGGAUGUUUGGCGCCCUGUUCACUUUUGUCGAAACAGACGAGCAGGAAACGCGUUUUGUGCCGGAAUAA